AUGACUUGUUGUAGAAAAGUAUUUUGUGAGGACCUUCAUAUGUUAUAAAGUAAAAUAAAGAGUUUGACUCUUAAAAUCUCCGUUACUAAUUUGCCAAUAUUUUCGCUAUAAAAAAUAUCUUCGUUGCUAAGGAAACGAAUUGAAUUAAUUUUCAUCACCCACUUGUUUCAUUAUUUGUGAGGAAUUAUUUAUAUUUAUUUCCAUUUGGAACAAGUUCCGUAGAAAGCACAACACUUUCCAUUCCAUUUUCCAGGGAAUCCGAUCUGAUUUUCCUGGAAAAAAAUUUAGUUUCUAGUUUUUCUGGAUUUAAAGCCCUCGCCCCUCAAGUUUUGCUUCCAAAACCCGCAAGGUUUUUUCGGUUCCUGGUGGGAUUUCGAUGGGGCUACAGCAAUCCAAAGACGAACUGCUCUAUCAGCAAGUUAGCUAUGGAAACAUCGAAGGGAUCAAAUCCCUUUGCAGAGAAGGCGCAGGCCUUGAGUGGAUUGAUAGAGAGGGGAAAACUCCAUUGAUCUUGGCAUGUAUGAAUCCCGGGCUUUAUAAUGUUGCGAAAAGCUUGAUUGAACUUGGCGCAAACGUCAACGCCUAUCGCCCCGGUCGCAAUGCUGGGACUCCUCUGCAUCAUGCAGCUAAAAAAGGGCUAGAAGAUAUUCUUAAUUUACUUCUUUCACAUGGAGCAAAUGUGUUAAUCAUGAAUGAUGACUGUCAAACUCCUCUUGACGUUGCUAGGGCAAAAGGGCACACCAAUGUUGUCCGUGCGAUUGAGAGGCAUAUUUGCUUAUUCUCUGGUUGGUUGCGGGAGUUUUAUGGUCCUGGAUUUCUUGAAGUACUUGCUCCUCAGUUGGUUUCAAGAAAAGUCUGGGUUGUUGUUUUGCCAAGUGGUUCCCGCAAACCUACCAAGCCUUUCAAGUUGGAACUUGCCAUAUAUUCUAGUAUGCAGGACGCCCGACCACGGACAGUUGUUGCGUUGUGGAAAGUCAAUUUGGAAGAACCGAAGUUACACCAUUCUGAUCCUUCUGUUGUAAUUCAAGAUAGCUCCACAAAAACACGCAUCAAACUUGCAUCUGCAGAUGAAAAUGAUAAGAAACAACUUCAGUGGUUUUGCAAUGCAUGCAAAGGAAUUCCACAGGCGCGUCCUGCAUUUUUGGCUAACAACCAGCCCCCAGUUCCAGCAACUGCACCACCACCUGCAGAAGAUUUUGAGUUAGCCAUGGCUAUCAAGGCCUCCAUUGAGUCUGCUUUGCAGGAGGGACCGUCCUUUCCUGAUGCACACCUGACCAAUGAAGCAAGUGCAUCCAGCAGUGAUAAUGGUUGGGGCAAAUCCUCCAUGAAUACUGGCAGCUAUAAUGGUGCAGCUGCUGCUCCAAAUGCAAGUAGUAGCAGUGAGCGGCCAGGGAAUGAAAGUAGCCAGAAAACGGAAAUCCAGGAUAUCUCUUCCAUCCAAACUGCUCCUACUUCUGAUAUAAUCCCAUCAGCUCCACCGGUUGCAGAUGAGGAGCCUAUUCACUAUCCGUCAAUUGAUUUCAGUCCUAUUGAUAUGCCAUCCUCCCCAAGUGUUGAAGGUAUACCUGCUAAACUUAAUGAAAAGAAGGGUGGAAGUGAUUCUUCUUCAUGUGUGAUUUGUUUGGAUGCUCCGGUUGAAGGAGCUUGCAUCCCAUGUGGGCAUAUGGCUGGAUGCAUGUCUUGUUUGGGUGAGAUUAAAGCUAAGAAAUGGGGUUGCCCUGUCUGUCGGGGCAAGAUUGACCAGAUUGUAAGGCUGUAUGCUGUAUGAUCUUCGAACCAGCAUAUAGUGAAGCUCUACAUGGUUACUGCAACUUGAAUACCUUCAUGAAGCUGUUUGUAUUCUUUUUUGUGUGUAAAGAAGCUGCUUGUGUUUGUAUUAAUAGAUGAAGUUCUUGUUGGGACCCCCACCUGAGUUUUCUGUACAUAUUAUUACCACAUAUUAGUAAACCUUUCACCAUGCUUUCUUAAGUAUCAGUGAGCAGCAGCCUCUCUUAAUUUUGAUUUUUCAUUGUUGUAAGUUGUAUAUGAAAAUGAUAUGCAUUUCCCAAAAGGUAUAUUUGCAAAUAUACUUUUUGGGGUCUUCAAUGAAUUCAAGCUAUGGAUUUUACUCCAUGCAAUUAGGGAGAA